AACAGUUCGUUUCCGUCUGUAGGCUGCGGAAACAGAGUUUCAGGGAGCUGCGUGAGCAGAACCGAGACUGAUUGGAGCUCGAGCCCGCGCCUAAGAGGAAACAGGAGAGAAUUAACGAAGACCUUUAUCAAAAUAUCAUUUAGAUUUGCACCAACAUUACACUUUAAUACCACUGAAAACCAAGGUCUGUGAAGAUGGGAGAUAAAGCGGGGACCAGAGUCUUUAAGAAGUCCAGCCCCAACUGCAAGCUCACAGUUUAUCUAGGAAAGAGAGAUUUUGUAGAUCACCUAGACCAUGUAGAUCCAGUGGAUGGAGUUCUGCUGAUAGAUCCAGAGUACCUCAAAGACCGGAAAGUCUUUGUGACCCUGACUUGUGCGUUCCGGUACGGUCGAGAGGACCUGGACGUUCUAGGCCUGUCCUUCAGGAAGGAUCUGUACAUUUCCACCUUCCAGGCCUUCCCGGCCCUCCCCGCAGAGGAGAGCAAACCACUUAGCCGUCUGCAGGAACGCCUGCUGAAGAAGCUGGGCCAACACGCGCAUCCGUUCAACUUCACUAUCCCCCAGAACCUGCCCUGCUCCGUCACCCUACAGCCAGGUCCAGAGGACACGGGGAAGGCUUGCGGAGUAGAUUUUGAGGUCAGGGCCUUCUGCGCCAAGACUGUGGAGGAGAAGAUCCACAAAAGGAACUCGGUGCGCCUGGUGAUCCGGAAGGUGCAGUAUGCCCCAGAGAAGCCCGGGCCUCAGCCUAUGGUGGAGACCACGCGAUCCUUCCUCAUGUCAGAUAGGUCCUUACACCUAGAAGCUUCGCUGGAUAAAGAGCUCUACUAUCAUGGGGAGCCUAUAAGUGUGAACGUCCAUGUCACCAACAACUCCACCAAAACAGUCAAGAGGAUCAAAACCUCAGUGCGUCAGUACGCUGACAUCUGCCUGUUCAGUACGGCUCAGUACAAGUGUCCUGUUGCACAGGAGGAGGCAGAUGACCAGGUAUCCCCCAGUAGUACCUUCUGCAAGGUGUACACUUUGACCCCCACGCUCACCAACAACCGCGAGAAGAGAGGUCUGGCUCUGGAUGGCAAGUUGAAGCACGAAGACACCAACCUGGCUUCCAGCACCAUCGUGAAAGACGUGUCCAAUAAGGAGGUGCUGGGCAUCCUGGUGUCAUACAGAGUCAAAGUCAAACUGGUGGUGUCCCGUGGAGGGGACGUGGCGGUGGAGUUGCCUUUUGUCCUAAUGCAUCCCAAACCCUCAGACCAACCCACCUCCAGACCUCAGUCAGUUGUCCCUGAAACAGAUGCCCCAGUGGACACUAACCUGAUAGAGUUUGAGACAAAUAACUUCUCUCAGGAUGAUGACUUUGUGUUCGAGGACUUUGCCCGUCUGCGGCUGAAGGGAAUGAAGGACGAUAAGGAUGAGGACGACCACUUUUGCUAGCUCUCCCUCCCCUAGUACCCCACGAGCAGGCAGUAGGAGGAGCUAGGGAGGAGGAGCUAGGGAGGAGGAGCUAGGCAAGUCCCUGGUUUGGUCUCAGCACCAGCCGGUAGAUCCAACAGAAACGAGGUGCAGGAGCACUCAGAUAUUUCUUUAAAGCCUCCCUCCAUUCUCUUCUGAUUCUUACUCUUCUGAUCUCCCCUCUUCUUUUUCUUUCGUCUACGAUGGCAUUGUUCAUUUCUACUCCUUUGUUUUGUCACUCCCUUGUUUUGUGAAACAAGAGAGAAUGAGAGAGAUAGAGAUACCUAUUGGGAGUGUUGAAUUGUUCGUCUCUGUUUUAUGAAAAUUGUUUUAUAUACAUUUUGGGUCCACUUGUUGAUUCAGGGUUGCUCUCCAAGUCUCACUUAUAAGAAGCGGGCAAACAGGUAAUUGUUUGUAGGUAUUGACAUGAAUACCAUGUAACUAGGGUGGAAAAUACUGAAACUUUCCCAAAAUACCCAGAUUUACCAGAUAUCUUGGGUUGGAAAAAAUAUCCAUACUUCCUGCUUUUCUCCCCCGGAUUCUGGAAAUCUAAGCAGGAAUUCUGAAAAACAUUGGUAUUUUGGGAACGUUGGGGUAAUUUUAGAUCCAUUUAAUUUUGUACAGGAAUACAUUGCUGCACAACUACUUAGAGGGAACACGAGUAAUAGUUUAUGCAAUUACAUUGUUAUUACAUUAUUAUAACCAGUUAUUACACUGUUAUUAAAUUCUUAUUAUCAUUGGUGAAGUGGAGACUUUGCCAUUUACGCACCUCUUUUAUUUUGCAAGCUUUCACCCACCUUUUGCUCGAAAAGGCAUUAAAAGCAUCGGGGGUGUUUCUUUACUCAUAGCAAAUGGUUAUGUGCCAUUGUCUGGAUUUAUUUUAUUUUUUUCAGUUACACCACUGGUUAUUAUGCUUUUAUUAUCAUUAUCCCUCUCACAUUAUCCUUGAGCAUAACAAAAUCAAAAUCCCUUUUUUCUGAAGGACGUUUACACAUACUGAAAUAUUCCUGGUGAAAUUUUACACGCUAAUAACCAAUAUGCAAUGCCUCCAUACCCAAUAUUCUGGUCAUUGUGGAAGACAUGUAGAGCGAUGUUGAUGUGUUGUCAUAGUGACAUCGGGAAUGAGGGAGUGUGUUGUCAUAGUGACAUGGGAAUGAGGGAGUGUGCUGUCAUAGUGACAUGGGGAAUGAAGGUGUAAUUGAUGAGCACUCACGCAGAGGGUUAGUGUCCAUGUGUAAAUCUUAAUGCACUUACAUUGAGAGCAUGAGUGUGAUAUCCUGCUGUUGCAUAUGCAUGCAAUUGUAUGUAGAGACUUUUCGGUUAGGGGCUACAUAGGGGCAGCAGCUAGCCUAGUGGUUAGGGGCUACAUAGGGGCAGCAGCUAGCCUAGUGGUUAGGGGCUACAUAGGGGCAGCAGCUAGCCUAGUGGUUAGGGGCUACAUAGGGGCAGCAGCUAGCCUAGUGGUUAGGGGCUACAUAGGGGCAGCAGCUAGCCUAGUGGUUAGGGGCUACAUAGGGGCAGUAGCUAGCCUAGCAGUUCGAUGCUACAUAGGGGCAGCAGCUAGCUUAGUGGUUAGGGGCUACAUAGGGGCAGUAGCUAGCCUAGCAGUUCGAUGCUACAUAGGGGCAGUAGCUAGCCUAGCAGUUCGAGGCUACAUAGGGGCAGCAGCUAGCCUAGCAGUUAGGGGCUGCAUAGGGGCAGUAGCUAGCCUAGUGGUUAGCGUCUGUCCACUGAUCCAAAAGUGGCUAGAUCGCAUCCACGAGCCGGUGGGGUGUAACAUCGCUCUGUCAUGAGCAAGACCGUAAUCCUAACUGCUCCUGUAAGUUGCCAAACCUACACACAAACACACAUCCUACAUGCAGUGGAUGUCUGGAACACGAUGAAGAGAUUUGCCAAAAAUUAGUUUUCUUGGCUAGGUCAUGUCCUGGUUGUAGUUUAACCUUACUGUCAGUGAGAUUGGGAGUUGGGAGUGCUGAUCUGGGAACAGAUCCACCCUGUCUAUGUACCCAUUUCUUAUAAUCAACGAAGCCAAAUCUGUUUCUAUUUUUAUUUCUUUUUACAUUAUGUGGAUUCAUAGUGUACUAAACUGUUCUGCCGUCUGUAGAAAGUUUGAUGCAGGUUGAUGUUUUUCCCUAACCACUGCUACUGGGUCAGAUAGCUUUCAUUAAUUUAAUGGUAAUGGUUCAGAUGGUAUGUUUAACUGAUCCUAGAUCUGUGGUUAAGGUGCAUCUUCUACCUCAAACGUGCUAGCUUUAACAACCGUUCAAACCUACCAGCAUCCCAACAUUAGCCUCCAUGAUCAGAGUCGCCCUUGUAGUGAGAUGAGGAAAAGAAGGACAAUGGGAAAUCUGGGAUUGGAACAGAUUUAUUAACUUUUAUUUUUGUAUUAUCACCAGAGAUAUACGCACCUAACUGUUGCCAUAAUUGAUUUUAUUUCUUUUAUUUUUUAUUAUAAAACAUGAUAUGAACUAACUAAGAUACUUCCCUACUCUAUUCUCUCAACUGCUGUAAAUAUUCUUACUGCUCCAUUCAACUCAACAGCCAAUAGGAGUUUAGUAUAGAACCCUGCAGUCCAAUCAGAGCAGUUUGUAGAAUAGGUAUCCUCAAGUCCGGGUUCAAGGACCCCUUAGUAUAGUGUUACUCAACCCUGCUCCUGGACACCCCAUGCCCUGCAUGUUUUAGAUCUCUCCCUGCCCUAACACACCUGAUGAAGCUCAUGAAGGACUUAAUGAGCUGAUCAUUUGAAUCAGGUGUGACAGAGCAGGGAGAGAUCGAAAACAUGCAGGGCAACCUUGUGCCCAGGAGCAGGGUUGAGAAACACUGGGUUAGUAUGUCAGGUUUAGUUCUGAAUAAUUUUGACAGUUAAAAUUAUCUAUAAAGUGAACUUCAAUAUAUUAAUUAAUUUAAUGUUGUUUCAUAAUUCCAUUUUGAGAUAUACAAAUAUGUUCAAUUUGGAAUCAGCAAAACCAGGGACUGCUCUGGACCAGGAUAUCAAAAGAUAUCUAGAUUGUUUAUAUGACAGGAUAAUACACAGAAGUUCACUGCGGUCAAUUCUGCUUGUAUGCGUAUCCAUAAUGGCGUGUUGGUGCAGAACAAAGGUAGAUGGGGAGGAUUGAUUGAUUGAUCGCCACUUGUCUAAUUUAUCAGAUUGGAAAUCAUUGUGUUUGAUCAGGUAAUAGAUUUACAUUAAAAAAAAUGGAUAGGCAAGCUUCAAAUACAGCAAACCAAGAGGAACAAAAUACUCAGCCAGCAAAUGAAAUGUACAAACAAUGAUCACCUCUUCCUAUCAGAUGUAUUUUAAUAUCAGAGCAGAGGUGUGUAAAUGUACUAUAUAUUAUGCUGUAUGUUGCCAUUUCAGUUAAAUUACAAUACUGGAUUUUUUAAAAAUGUUAAUCAACUUCUGUAAACACAUCUACAACUGUCCAUGGUGAACAACAUUAUUACUGAUGGUCAUAUAACAUUUUCUACAUUAAUUGGUUUUUACGCCUUUGAACGCACCCAGAGGAUGAUGUUAUUUACAUUGUACAAUUUUAGAAAUACAAUUCCUAGAAUGGAAAUCGGCAUUUAAGUCUAUGUUUUGCUUUUCUAGUAAUUAUAUUUCCGGAGUUGUGAUAAUGGCGGUCACAACACAUUGAUUAUAAACCUUCACAGGAAGGUUAGAAAGGUUCAUAAGGUUAGAAGGCUUAUACUCUGUUCAUGUUAUGACUGGAUCGACGCAUGGCAUGGUAUUCUAACAAUGCACUGUCUUGCAACAAUAUGGAAAAUGUUGUGAUAUUUGUGAUAUAGAUAUUUUAGGACCUCCAGAAGCUCUCUUAGGGACCAUGUAAAUGUUAAAAUGAGUUUUUCGCAACUCUGUACUUGAAGUGGCCUCUUAUGAAGCAUUUUAAUGCCCUAUGAACAUUCACAGCAUAUUCAAUAUUAUAUUGGUAUUGAACAAACUACUAAGGCAUGAAAGGCAUUUCUACUAUACAUUGAUAAUAUAACACAGCUGUUGUUUCUUAUUGUAUUAUGUUAUACAGUUACAUAAUGAUCAUUGGCUGAAUAAUGAGGUGCUAUGAAUGUUUAAUAAAGCAUUAUAAGACUUUGUAAGAACAAGCAUCAGGUAGUAGUGUUACCAGCUUUCUUUUUAUUGUAAAUCUGAAUGGUGAUUGUCCUCAUCUGUCUGUAAACCGGUCAAGUGUAGAAAAAAUUUAAAGUGGAAAUGAAGUAUUUUACAACUUAACCACGGUUUAACCAUCAGUUUCCCUAAUUUUCAGGGUGAGGAAAUAUCUUAACUACUUAGUAAAAUACUGAACUUUCCCUUUAAAAACAAAGAUCUUUCGUUUUUGUUCCCUUUGACCUUAGUUGAGGUAUUCAUGGAAACGCACGCAAUCAUGUCAGUUUGUAGACUAUCAUGUAUCAAGUUGAACUAUUUUAAGGACAAUUUUAAGCUACUACAAUUAUUACUACUACUAAAAUUGAGAUUCAUAAAGAAUUAUACUUAAAUGCUACCUGAUAAUUUAAUUAAAUCAAUGUAAGAAAGUAUAUUGUUAAGGAAACCAAGAUACUGUAUAAGCAAUAUGUUAUUUUGAUCAAUAAAAUGGAACAAAAUGAGAAUAAAAAAAGUAAAAGAAAAUUUGUAAAAACAUUUAAGAAUAUAUGUCGCUUCUUUAUUUUGUACUGCAUUUUAGAAAAUGUCAAAAAAUAAACAAAACAGUAACAUA